AGCAAUUCUAUUUCAACGUUCUCUUUGCAAUUAACAACAAGCUUUGUAAAAUAAUAAAUGUACAAUAACGUGUUCAUAAAUCUAAAUACAUUUUGCGAAAGAAUUUCAAUUGAACUAAAGUUGGUUAAAGUUUCAACGAACAACCAAGAGCGGAAAUACUCGUUACGAGAUCUUCUAUGCGAAACGAACCACUUUAUACCAACUAUUAGAUGCUUAACAAUCGCUUAACGCUCAUAACCGCGAAUACUAUCAUAAUAAGAAGCUUUAUAGACGCGUGUUCAUCAAAUCUCGCGAUUCAUCUCUACCCUCGAGGUGGGAUUUCGUUCAAGUGGAAUUAUCAUAAACCGGUUCGAGAUCAUUCUCCAUCCAACGAUCAUGUUUCAUUGCAAAUUCUGUAUAUCGAGUAUGAUUGCAUUGAAAGUUUCCUAAUGGGCGAUGGAAGAUAUGAAAAAUGCAGGAUUAUGAGAGAACUGAAAGAAGUUAAAUAUAGUUCUGAAAAUGCUGACCAUUUUAUAGUGUCUCAGAGGAUUUUAAUUAUUUAUAAGUCCCAGCAGGAUUGUAAACAUAUUUGUAUGAGCAACGCUUUAAUACAAGUGGUAUUACAGUAGCGUAAGGACAAUAAAGGGUUAUAAAAUGUUGUAUAUUUAAACGAAAUUAUUUUUACAUCCUAUAUUUAACUAAUUUAAUAAUUAAAAGUUUGA